CCGACCUGUAGUGCGUUCUCGUGUUUCCUCUCCAUCAUGGAGGGAACUGCGGCCUCCUCUGAGGGUCUGCGUUAUGCUGAAUACACCAGAGUCCCUACGGGCUCCGGUAAGGGACAAGCCGAGCUGGACCGAGGGCUGGUUCAGAGGCAAAAGACUGUAGAGCUCUUGCUGUGUGUCUAAAAGCUAGGUGUGAGAAGAGCAAAUUAUUUAUCAUUUGGCCAAGAAGGGUGUUUUCACUGGUUGUGGUAGAAGAGCUGGUGUGUAAAAUCCAAAUCCUGUGCAAGCAGGCCAGAGCAAUGAUAGCUGUUGGACUUGGUGUUGCAACUGUUGCAUUUGCAGGUCGUUAUGCUUUCCAGCUUUGGAAGCCGUUGGAGCAGGCAAUUACAGAGACAGCAAAGAGGAUUUCAACUUCUAGUCUUUCAUCAUACUAUAAAGGGGGAUUUGAACAGAAAAUGAGUAGGCGAGAAGCUAGUCUUAUUUUAGGUGUAAGUCCUUCUGCUGACAAGGCCAAAAUCAGAACAGCCCAUAGAAGAAUCAUGAUUUUGAAUCAUCCUGAUAAAGGUGGAUCACCUUACUUAGCAACAAAAAUAAAUGAAGCGAAAGACUUGUUGGAAUCCAGUGCCAAAAACUGAAAUCCAGAGCCUUGGGUCGUAGGAGAUUCAGCAGAUGCAUUGUGCAACAGCUUCAUUUCUGCUUGCUCGGCACAGUUUCUUAAUGCUGCAUUGAUUUUUCCUAUUUAUUUUCAUAAUUAAAAUUUAAGAUUAUUUAAAAGAAAACUGACAUAUUUUGCAGUUGUGUAAAGUUAUAUACAGUUACGCUCCUGCGAGGAGCAGGCAGUUGGAUUUGAUGAUCCUUAUGAGUCCCUUCCAACCCAAGAUAUUCUGUGAUUCUAUGUCUCAAUUUUACUGCAUUUUUACUGAAUAAUGAUCCAGUACAAGCUCUGAAAAUA